AUGAAACCAGAAGACAAAGUGGAGUUCACCUUGUGGCAGGUUAAAGUCUUCAGAGCUCUGUAUACAUUUGAACCCAGAACUCCAGAUGAGUUGUAUUUUGAAGAAGGAGACAUUAUCUACAUCACUGACAUGAGCGAUACCAAUUGGUGGAAAGGCACUUGCAAAGGCAGAACUGGGCUAAUUCCAAGCAACUAUGUGGCUGAGCAGGCAGAAUCCAUUGACAAUCCACUGCAUGAAGCUGCAAAAAGAGGCAACUUGAGCUGGUUGAGAGAGUGUUUGGACAACCGAGUUGGAGUCAAUGGCUUAGACAAAGCCGGGAGCACCGCCUUGUACUGGGCCUGCCACGGAGGCCACAAAGAUAUUGUGGAAAUGCUGUUUACUCAGCCAAAUAUUGAACUGAACCAACAGAACAAGCUGGGGGACACAGCAUUGCAUGCUGCCGCCUGGAAGGGUUAUGCAGACAUUGUCCAGUUGCUUCUGGCAAAAGGUGCUAGAACAGACCUAAGAAACAACGAGAAGAAGCUGGCACUGGACAUGGCUACGAAUGCCGCCUGUGCGUCUCUCCUUAAAAAGAAGCAAAGCACAGAUGCAGUUCGGACAUUAAGCAAUGCCGAAGACUAUAUUGAUGAGGAAGACUCAGAUUAA